GGGGGAGGGGCGGAUAAAUACCCAGCUAGGCAGAGCCCCUCCAGUCCCCCCCCCGGACACGCCGUUCUCGGGAGGGGAGAGAUUCUGCCCCCGACACCAGCAGCUCUGGGGCGGGAGCAGCCCCGCUCAGGGGCUCCCGCGGGUGCAGCCUGUCAGCCGGGGCGCGGGUUCGAUACCCGGGAGCUUUCCUUUCACUGGGGACCAAACUCUUAACGCGGCCCCUCGAGGCUCACUGCGGCCAUUGCAGGGUGCGCUGGCCCCUGUCCCAUCCUGUGCUGGGGGCUGAGCGCUACCGCGGGACACCUGCCCGCCUGGGGCUGGGCCCUUUGUUUUCACGGGCGCCAUUACCCGGGUGGGGGUGCCUGCCUGUGCCCGUGGGGCGGGGUGCUGCGACUGGUGCGCUUUGCUGGGAGCUGGGUGGUAGGAGGGGCAGGCACCUGCUGCGGCCUGGAGGGAACCGGAAGAACUUUUCUUCUCUGCCCGGUGACAGGGGACUGAGCGGGGUCUGGCUUCAGGGGUGGUCCCCUGUAGCCCCGUUAGACCUUUUACACGUGGAUUCUGCCUGUAUUAGAGGAAAGGGCCCAGGGAUGCGAGAUGUUUUUGAUUUAAAGGGGGAGUAGGUGGAUGUGAUGGGCCAUGGUUCUGUGUCAGGGGGGCUGUAAAAUAUUUAAACGAAUUAAAGCAAAACUGGGCCCAGUCAGGGAAGUCAUUCUCACGAGCCAAACUGAGAAAAGAGUCUGUCUGAGACCCAUUAAUAUGGGGGACUUGUUUAGUAUCCUCUGAGCUGCUCUUUCCCCCGUUUCUGGCCUGGCUUCUUGCUCUAGCUGGGUUCUCCAAUAGCUGUUCUGUCUGACCUGUAAGAUCAAUAUUUCCCAUUUUUGUUUUGUGCAUUUUUUGGCUGACAGGCCUUUGUCUUGCAACUUAAACAAGAUGAAACAGAGCUCAUCUUCCAGCGGUAGCACUGGUCGGGCCUCCCUGCUGCCCGUUAGAGUUCAGGAUGCAAGCAGAGCUGGUCUAUAUACACCUCAAGCAAUAGAACGAUCGAAGCUGAACAUAUCUAAGUACACUGGUGGCUCUGACGGAAAAAUCAACUUCUCUGUGAGAAGGAUAAGUGGUUCUGGAGCAUCGCGAAAUACUCCAUGGGGCUUUUUUGCUGGUACAGAAAAGUUAAAGGAUCCCAGGCCACUUCAUGACAAGACUUACAUCCAGCAGUGCAUCCGACAGCUCUGUGAGUUUCUUGUGGAGAAUGGCUAUGCCCAGAAUGUGUCUGUGAAAUCUCUCCAAACUCCAUCUACUAAGGACUUUUUCAGGAUUUUUGCUUUUAUAUAUGUUUUUUUGUGCCCUUCUUAUGAACUUCCUGAUUCUAAAAUUGAAGAGGAGAUCCCAAAAGUCUUUAAAGAACUUGGGUAUCCCUUUCCAUGGCCAAAAAGCUCCAUGUACACCGUGGGUGCACCGCAUGUCUGGCCUCAGGUUGCCGCUGCACUAGUGUGGUUAAUAGACUGCAUCAAGAUCUACAGUGUCAUGAGAGAGAACUCAGAUGUGCUUGUCGAUGCUCAGUGCUGGUCAGGAGAGGCUAAAGAUGAAAUUGUAGUUAAUAAGCUACUUAUGGAGUACACUGAAAAGUGUUAUGAUCAUUUCAUGAAUGGAGGAGAUGCUUUUGAAGAGAUGGAUGCAGAACUACAGGCAAAACUAAACGAAGUGUUUAAAGUAGACCGUUCCAAAGUGAAGACCUUAGAAGCAGAGAACAAAAGGUUGAAUGAAGAGAUUGCAAGGCUAGAGAGAGAGAAGGAAAGCGAGCCAGAUCGUCUAGAAAUGCUGAGGAAGCUGAAAGCUUCGCUGCAAGCUGAUGUCGAAAAAUAUCAGGCUUACAUGACCAAUCUGGAAUCUCAUUCAGCUGUCCUGGAUCAGAAACUACAUAGCCUCACUGAGGCGUGUGACGCAUCAGAAUUGGAAGUUGAAAUGAUGAAGCAGGAAAAUGCCCGGCUGCAGCACACUGUUGAUAAUCAGCUGUACACCGCUGUAGACAUCGAGAGAAUAAACCAUGAGAAAGAUGAGCUUCAGCAAACUAUCAACAAGCUUACCAAGGAGCUAGAGACGGAGCGGCAGCAGCUAUGGGCUGAGGAGCUAAAAUAUGCAAGAGGCAAAGAGUCAAUUGAAGCACAGCUGGAUGAUUAUCACAAACUGGCUCGGAAGCUGAAGCUAAUCCCAGCAGGCAUGGAAAAUUCCAGAGGCCACGAUUUUGAGAUUAAGUUUAACCCGGAGGAUGGACCCCAUUCUCUCUCCAAAUACAGAAGGCAGAUCAACGUUCCGCUUAUGCAGAUAAUAGAUGAGACUGAAGAGGCAAUAAGUAAAGCUAGUAACAAGAAAAUAAUUUUAGAGGAUUCCUUAGAACAGUUGAAUGAGAUGAUAGCAGAGAAGAAAAGCAACAUAAAACUGCUGAAAGAAGAAGCCCAAAAGCUGGAUGACCAUCACCAGCAGAAGCUCAAGGUGGCUGAAGAAGAAGAAGAAAAAAGUGCAGCUGAACUGCAAGCUCUAGAGAUACAUAAAAACUUAAUUGAGACUGGAGUCAAUGAGGGCCUCAAUGAAGCUAUGAAUGAGCUACAUGAAAUUCAGAAGAAGCACCAGAUUGCUGUGAGGACAACAAAUGAAGAGAAAAUGCAAAUGCUUGAUAAAUUGUACCAAGUCUUGGAGAUGGUGGCUUUUCAUGUAGGGUCUGUAGAGAAAUACCUGGCUGAGCAAAAUGAAAAAGCCGAUAUGGUGUUUGAAGAAUUUAUGUCUGAAGAUCUCUUGGAAAACCUGAAACAAAUCCUAGCCAACUAUAAAAGUAAAGCUGAUGCUCUAUAACCCUUGCAUGGAGGACUUCACCUAGGCAUUUUUUCUGUAGCACAACUGUAAUGUGGUCCAGUCCUACAUUCCUUCCAUGAAGUCCCAAGGAAGUCAAUCCAAUGAUAGUUACAUAUGUACAAGGACUACAGGAUCUGGUCCAUACUGUGCUGUCUAAGUAUAUAUUUAUUAAAUUCUUACAAAUGUAAA